AAAAAUGUUUCACCAGGUCCGCAAAAACGACUAUUAUGAUUAAAGAAAGAAUUAUUUUGCUUGACUUUGGAUUAGCAUUUGAAAAGUUGGCGGUGAAGUUUGAAUCGGCCCAACUCAUCCAACACAAAUUGGCAAAGUCAACAUUAUUUAUUAAAAGAUCGAACUAACGACAUUAAGUGGUUUUCAGAAUUAAAUAAGGUGUACCUUAACUUGCCCAAAUAAGGUUUUCUGUAAGUGUCCAAAUUUAAACUACCCAAAUUUACAGUGCCUGAAAAAAUAUCAGAAUAAAACUAACCAAAAAAGCAAUAAUAAAAAGCUUUUAUAGCAUCGCCAAAAAACACAAUUGGUUUUUAGUUAAAAAUCUUUUCUUUGACAAAAAUUGCUGAUUAUUUCUGAAAACCAUUUUAAUUUAUUUAGCUUGAUUUUUCAUAUUGUUUCACACUUAAAUUAAAAAAAAUAGAAUCCAAAGAUCCAGUCCGAAAAUCGCAAGCUGUUGACAAGCUAUUAGGCAUAGCCACAAUGUGCCGUGUCUUACGCAACAGAGACGCUGCCUGCUGCCUCACUCAGCGCAUAAGGACCCCAUCAAGUAGGAAGAUAAGAUUGAGAUGAGAGAAAGAGAAAGAGAGGUAUAAGCGAAUUGACCUUGGCAUCAGCCAGUUGGCUUUUCGGUUGCUAAACAAAAACACACCAUGUCUGACAUAAGAAACUCAAUAUUCAUCGAAACUCCGCUGGUUUUGAGCAAGAAGCUGAGCAAGCUGAUCGGCCACGACUUGUACCUCAAGUGCGAGAAUGACCAACCCUCCGGCGCGUUCAAACUCCGAGGUAACAGCUACCACAGUCAAAAGGAGGUGGAAAGGGGCUGCAAAAGACUGAUCACCGCCUCCGGAGGUAACACGGGCCUGGCGGUCACGUGGUCAGCCAUGGCGCUGGGGGUGCCGGUGUCGGUGUUCAUCCCCAAGAGUACGCCGAAAAUGGUCAUCGACAAGCUGACUGAGCUCGGUGCCGACGUCGUCGUGUUUGGCGAUGAUUUCAAAAUGGCUAAUGAACGGGCUCUUGAGGAGGGGAAGAAACCUGGGCAAUCCUACAUCCACCCUUUCAACCACCCAGAAACCUGGCAAGGCCAUUCAACAAUAGUGGAUGAAGUCGCGCAGCAGUUGGGCAAAGGCGUUCGGCCAGGCUGCUUCAUUGCGUCGAUUGGAGGAGGAGGUUUGGUAAAGGGGUUGCUAGAUGGAAUGAACCGACACGGAUGGUCUGACGUGCCCCUCGUGGCGGUUGAAACUGAAGGUGCCGACUGUGUUCGUAGGGCGUUGCAGGCAGGAAGACCAGUGGAAAUGGACAAAAUCACCAGCAUCGCCGUCACACUUGGAUCGAACACGAUUCUGCCGGCCCUGUUUGACCAGCUUCCUAAGCACAACGUCAUUCCGCUAGUAGUUACUGACAAACAGGUGGUGCAGAGCUGCAUUAGGUUUGCCGACGACCACAGAAUUUUGGUGGAACCGGCGUGUGGCGCAGCCCUUUCUGUGGUCUACUUCGAUAUGCUAAAGGAUCUACUACCAGAGGCCCCGAAUGGACCAGUGGUGCUCAUCGUUUGCGGAGGGGCUGGAGUUUCCCUCACCCUGCUGCAAGAGUGGGCGCAAAAGUUCAACCUCGACUUUCCCUACAAGGAGAAGUGAAAUCUCUUCUAUACAUAAUAAAACAUUGCCCACAUCGAAUUCAAUCAUGAAUA